AUGGUGCGGUCGCUGCGAGAGAAGCACCCGGCUAGCGCAGGUGAGGUACCACAGUGGGUCCGCGAUUUCACCAUCGAUACCGCUCAGCGGCCUUCAUUCACGACCGACAUCCUGGCCAGAGCUAUCCAUACAGCCGCUCGAGCCUCAGCAGCAGGGCCAUCGGGGUGGGUCACAGAGCAUCUGCGUGACACCUUCCUCACUGAACCUACCUGCCUUUCCCACCUGUUGGAAGUGUUCAACCAAUGGGUGGCGGGACAGGUCCCCGAGCGGGCUCGGCCGUGGCUCGCCGCAUCCAACCUAGUCGGGCUUUCCAAGCCUAACGGCGACGUCCGGCCGGUGAAAAUCGGGGAGGUGCUUCCUCGUAUCCUUGCUCGUGCUCUCUGCAUCUCGCUCCGCCCUGCGAUGGUUUCCUACUUCCUGCCAUGCAACCAGCUGGGAGCGGGCACUAGGGUCGGGGCGGAGAUUCUCACUCAUUCUUUCCGGUUAGCGCUGGCCACUCACCCCGACUGCCUCGAGUCAGCACGGGGAUCGAGGCAAGGGGACCCGCUCAGCCCUUUUCUUUUCGCCUUCACGCAGCAGCAAGUGAUGGAGCCGAUUAUUAGGGAGUUCAAGGACCUGCUUUUCCUCAGCUAUGCAGACGAUACCUAUAUUUUGGGGCCAGCGGUUAGGAUUCUGGAGGCUUUUGGGGUGCUGCGGGAGCGGUUGGAGUGGGUGGGGCUGGAGGUGCAGGCGCACAAGUGCCGGUUUUGGGAGCGCGAGGGCAAGGGGGUAGAGCGGGCACUGCAAUUGGGGAUGCAGCGGGUGGAUGAGGGUCUUACUGUGGUGGGCGUGCCUAUUGGAAAGGAGGUUUGGGAGGUGGUGCGGCUACGGGAGCGGCUUCGACAGUUGCAGGCGCCAUUGCCAUGGCUCCCCUUGCUCGACCACCCCCAGACGGCUUCACACCUCCUCGCCAUUGCAGUUUCAGCGCGGGCGAUGUACCUCGCCCGGACUAUGCCGCCGCGUCCGGAGGUGGUUGAGGCUUUUAGGGAUUGGGACAGUUGUUUAGAGGAUUGCUUUGAGCAGCUUUUCCCACCUGGCACUUGGGAGCAGGACCCUGACCGGUCUAGGCGCGCACGCAUGCAGCUGCAUCUCCCUGUGCGUCUCGGUGGGUUCGGGAUCCGGGCGGCGGCCUCUUUGAGCCCACUGUCCUAUGUUUGCGGGUGGGCGCAGGCCGCGCGGGACAUUGCACAGUUAGGGGUGGCGGGCGAGGAGGCGAUGUUUGAUGAGUACCUCACCUCUUCGACAGGGGCAGAGUUUCUUGACCCGUGGUUUGUCAAGGCUCUCGAGCAGCUGCCAGCGACUAUCCGCCACGAGUGGGGCAUUGCUGCUACUAUACGGCUCGGCCUCCCAAUUCAGCAGCUGCAGGUGGCGGGGAGGCGUCGGGGGGGGGGGGGGGUGGUGACAUUGGAGGAUAGUGUGAUGCUGCAAGGGAAGCGGGUUGAUGUGGCGAUGCGACGUCCAAUGGCUGGAGAGGCUCACGCCUUAGAGAUCAGCGUCGCGGACCCGCUAUCGCUGUCUCCAUCACUGCUGGGACAGUGCGGGCGUCAAAUAGGUGUGGCGGCAAGGGAAUGGGAGCGUCGCAAAACGAGUGAUUACGCACCUCUGCUUGCACGCAAUCGGGGCGUGCAGUUCACCCCUUUGAUAGUUGAGACGUUGGGGUGUCUCGGCUGUCGUUUUCAGCGGUGGCUUCGUCAGCAGGGGGAUGCGCACGUGGGGCUAGCUGUGUCGCGGGGGGCUUGUCGAGAGGACGACUCUGUGUUUUCGGCUUAUCUUUUAGGGUCACUGAAGGCGCUCAUCGGGGUGGCGUUACAACGUGCGCAAGCCCGUGUCGUCCUCCUUCGAGCGGCGUCUUCCAUGGGGGGGAUUAACAUAGAGUUGGCGGAUUGGGAGAGGGACGAUGUCGAUGUGGAAGGCGGGGCUCUCUGGGUGGAGGCCCCGUACAUGGUCGAUACGUUGAUGUGA